AUGAGUACCACUCCCGUCAAGAAGGCAUGCGAUGCCUGCCAUCGGCGCAAAGUCAGAUGCUCGGGAAGUCUGCCAUGCAACAACUGUGGUCAAUCGGGCCUUCAAUGUACAUAUCUGUCCAUUCCGCAGAAGAAAGGUCCCAAAGGCUCCAGAGCCAAAGUCAUAUCCGAAAUCCGAGAUACCCAGCAACAAACAACACCACCACUACCGAGGUCAGCACAUUCGAAUGAACCAAGCUCAUUCGACUUCAGCAGCCCUCCAGUGUCACCAUCUUAUACACGAAAUGCGGCGCUUCUAUCCCAGCAGACCAUCGAACACUGCAUCGACUUCUAUUUCACCAACAUGUCAACCACUGCUUGGAUGUUGAACCAGGAACGCUUGAUCAAUCUCAUCACCACUCAGCUCGUCUCAGAUGCCGAAGUGUACUGCCUUACAGCCUCACUCUGUGCUUUUGUUAUGGUUCAACCUGGGAUGAACUUGGCCGUCGCCCCAGGAAGUCAUUACGAAGGCGACCCUCCACAAAACAGAUACGGCUACGCCAAUAUGCUCCUCGACGAUAUCCUUCGCGUCCGGAAGAGCGUCAACUACGUCGAAACGCCCACUCUGAGUUCGGUGCAAACAUCAUUUUUCCUCUUCAGCUGCUACUUUACUUUAGAGAAGCAGAAUACAUGUUGGUUCCAUCUCCGAGAGGCCGCAACACUGGCCCAACUUCUCUCAUUACACGAGGAGUCGUCCUAUCUGGCGGGAGAUGCGGUGGAAAACAUGUAUAAAAGACGCACCUAUUGGCUACUACUCGUGACUGAAAGAGCUUAUGCUAUGGAGCGUCACCGACCACUGAGUCUCCAUCCGACCAUCGAUUUGCCCGCCCCACUCGGCCCUGAAGAGGAAGAGAUGAUCACAGGAACGAUCUACCUGAUCAAUUUGUUUCGAUGCAUCGACGACGAAUUCAUGGCUUUAUGGAACAAGGUUAAGAGUGAAUGCUCAGCGGCCUGGCUGUCCCGACUUCAAAAACAACUCAGCGAAGCCUUGCCGUCUGAAUUGAAGACCACCGAAAGCCAGAUGGCCGAUGUUCGAAUCACACUGCAGUGGCUGAAAAUCAUGGUUUGGCAAUUAUCCAUCACCAAUGGCUGCCUGUCGUCAAACUCACAAGACACUUCGAUGACUUUCCAAUAUCCGACCGAGGUUGCGCGAGAGUUGUUACAAGAGAUUUCCUGUCUUUCCCUCCACUCAAUGGAGGUCCACGGUGUGGGCUUGAUUGAAAAGCUGUUCGAUGUCGCCUGCACACUGACAGAUGUUAUUGCGUGUGUGCCUUUGGAGUCGGCCAGCAGGCCGGGCUAUCAGACACCCACCGACUACCUCAAUCAAUUCUUGAAUCUGAUAUCGCAACUUCGUGGAGGAGCGUCGCGGUAUCUCCCGCUUCUUUUAGCCAAGGUUUCCGAAAACCUACCUAGUAUGGCUUCUCCAAUAAACCCCGUUCCUAUCACAAUCAAGCAGGGUUACGCCGGCGCAAGUGAUAAUAUCCCCACUCCAACACCGCCGGAGGGUGCUCAGGUCCGAUAUCUCGAGGGCAAAGCGUAUUUGGGUAUGCCUUCAAGUGGACCUCAUACAGAAUGGCAGGCACAAGCCCCGCGCCCGCGCAUACAAUCAGGCGUCCAUGACCGGGGGUUGAUGUUCAAUGACUACAGUCCAAGUUUACAGUCGAGCGAUGUUGAUAUGACACCACGGUCCUUGGGAACCCCUCCAGACCAUUUUACUGGUAACUAUGUUGCUCAACCGAUCCUAGCCCCUAUACCUAGGAGUGUGCCAACAGCCGUUGGCGGGCUCAAUUUCGAGGGUUAUCCUGGUUGA